AAAAUUGUGAAUAAUUCUGAUUGUGAUGAACUUCCUAUGCUUUCCCUUCUGCAGAGGUCAGGUGUCGAGAUGUAAAGAAAUGUUGAACGGCAGCUCCGUCUCUCCACCCUUCAUCAAAACCAGCAACUCAAACUGGAUCACUUCAGAUAAUCUGGAGGAUUCCCGAAAACAUGCGGGUUUGCCAUCGCUUCCCUGUCCAAACCCAGAGCCUCCGCUUCAUCCUAAACCACACGCAGACUUCGGCUCAACCACUCUCAAGUGGAAGGAAAACUCCUCUGAUUCCCCUCCGCUUCCUCCCAAACCACAAGCAGACCCCGGCUCCUUCACUGGAAAACCCUCUAUGUGGCUGGAAAACUCGUCUGAUUCCCGGAUGAUCCCGUCGGACAGCAGCUCCAGAUCUGGUUCUUCUGAUCAGGAUGCUGAAGAGCGGAUCUCCAGAGCGGCUUCUGGAUCUCCGGUGAUUCCAACGACGUAUUUCUCGGUUGAUGCCUGCAUGACGGACACGUACCGCGCUAAAUAUCACAAGAGGAGAGCACCGCUGUACAUGACUGCUGACUCUAGAGAGCAAACCUCAUCUGGAGAGAGCGACUAUGGGGAACAAGUGUCUCCCGCUCCUGCAGAAACACACAGCAGAGCAGCAGUUCAGGCGUCCAGUAAAAGCGCUGCAAAGUGGAACCCGGUGUCAGUGAAAGGACUGGAUGAACACGGCUUCCUCUGAUCACACAUCUACAUUCACUGAGAGAGAGAGAGAGUGUGUGUGUGUGUACUAUGUUUGGUGGAUUAUGAGGACAUAAAUGUUCAAAAGUGUAAUCCAACGCUGUUAAUAAUCAUAAUCAAUGGGCUCUUUUCACGUUCAGCACAUCAGAUCGGGGUACAGAGGUCUAAUAAGCAUUGUGUAUAGUGUAACACAUUAAGAAUAUGAAGAGUCCUCAUAAACCACCAAAUCACAUGUACGAGCUUGCGCAUGUGUGUGCGCAUUUGUAAGCGUUUGCAAGGGAGUGUGUUUGAGUGUGCAUGUGAGAGUACAUUGGUGUGUAUGUGUGCAAGUAUGUGUGUGUGUGUAUGUGUGAGUAUGCAUGUGCCUAUGCUUGUAUGCGUACGUGUGAAAGCUCAUGUGUGUAAAUGUGUGUCUGUGAGCAUGUAUGUGCGCGCUUGCAUGUGCGAGCAAGUGUGUUUGAGCGAGCGAGUGUGUGUGUGUGUGUGUGUGUGUGUGUGUGUGUGUGUGUGUGUGUGUGUGUGUGCUUGCGUGUGUGCAUGUGCGUUCAUGUGAGAGCGGGUGUGAGCCCAUGUGCGAGUGUGCAUGUGUCCAAGCAUGCGUGUGUGUGUGUACCUCUGUGUGUUUGCAUGCAUGUAUGCGUGUGUGUGCUUGUAUGCAUGUGUGAGCGUGUGCAAGCGUGUAUGCGUGCGUGCGUGCGUGCGUGUGUGUGUGUGUGCAUGUGCUUGCAUGUGUGCGUGUGUGUGUGAGAGCUUGUGCGCGUGUGUGUGUGUGUGUGUGUGUGUAUAUAAGUGUGUGUGUGUAAGUGUGUAUGUGCCUGUGUGUGUGCGCGCACAUGUGCGUGUAAGAGAGCAAGUGUAUUUGAGCAGGCAUGCGAGCACACAGGUGUAUAUGCAUGCACGUACAGUGUAUGUGUAUCCCUGUGUGUGCGUGCUCACAUGUGCUUGCAUGUGUGUGAGUGUGCGCUAGUGUGUGUAAGUGUGAGAGCGUGCAUGUGUACCUGCGUGUAUGUAAGCAUGUGUGUGUACCUGCAUUUGCAUGUGUGCGAGUGUAAUUUGAGCGUGUGUGUGUGUGAGUGUGCGCGUGUAUGCAUGCACAUAUUUGUGUGUGUGUGUGUGUGUGUGUGUGUGUGUGUGUGUGUGUGUGUGUGUGUGUGU